CUGCGGGAGCGAGGAGCGCAGCCCAGCGAGCGGCGGCAGGAGGCGGCGGCGCUGGGCGGCUCCGAGGCCCAGGGGCCGCCGGAGCCAGCGGGAGCCCGUCCCCUUCAUCUCGCGUCGCCCUCUACCCUGUCGCCGGCAUCGGUCUCUGCGGCGCGGAGAGAAAGGUCCCAGAGAUGGCCUAGUGAUGCAAGCGCCUUCCAAUGACUGAUGAUUGGAGCACCUUCUCCAAGGGUGCCUGCCUGGGCCCGUGCUGUCGCGUUGAACCAAAGAAACUUGUCCACCACUUCCCCACAGACGUCCUUCUCUCCUAAUUCAUGAGCCAGCAGGAUGCGGUCGCCGCACUUUCAGAACGCCUUCUCAUAGCUGCGUACAAAGGCCAGGCAGAGAAUGUGGUUCAGCUCAUCAACAAGGGCGCCAAGGUAGCGGUUACCAAGCAUGGCCGGACUGCCCUGCAUCUCGCUGCCAAUAAGGGCCAUCUCUCUGUGGUCCAGAUCUUGCUGAAGGCUGGCUGUGACCUUGAUGUCCAGGAUGAUGGGGAUCAGACCGCCUUGCACCGGGCCACAGUGGUGGGGAACACCGAGGUCAUCGCGGCACUCAUCCAGGAGGGCUGUGCUCUGGACCGGCAGGACAAGGAUGGGAACACAGCCCUGCACGAAGCAUCCUGGCAUGGUUUCAGCCAGUCAGCCAAGCUACUCGUUAAAGCAGGAGCCAACGUGCUUGCCAAGAACAAGGCCGGGAACACGGCUCUGCACCUGGCCUGCCAGAACAGCCAUGCCCAGAGCACACGCGUCCUCCUGCUGGGCGGGUCCCGCGCCGACCUCAAAAACAACGCAGGUGACACCUGUUUGCACGUUGCCGCGCGUUAUAAUCACUUGUCCAUCAUUAAGCUCCUCCUCAGUGCUUUCUGUUCUGUCCAUGAAAAGAACCAGGCUGGAGACACAGCCCUUCAUAUUGCUGCUGCCCUAAAUCACAAGAAGGUGGUCAAAAUCUUACUGGAAGCUGGAGCAGAUGGGACCAUAGUCAACAAUGCAGGCCAGACACCGCUGGAGACUGCCCGCUACCACAAUAACCCGGAAGUUGCUCUUCUCCUCACUAAAGCUCCCCAGGUCUUGCGCUUCAGUCGUGGGCGAAGCCUGAGGAAAAAGAGAGAGAGGCUCAAGGAAGAAAGGAGAGCUCAGUCUGUGCCAAGAGAUGAGGUGGCACAAAGCAAGGGAAGUGUCUCAGCAGGAGACACCCAUAGCAGUGAACAGGCUGCACCCAGAAAAGAAGAGGCCAAAGAAGAUUGCCUGUCCGCCUCCCCGGAACCCAGAGCCAAGGACUGCAGGCAGAGAAAGUCCAGACCCAAGGUGUCGGCAUUUUCUGACCCCACCCCACCAGCAGACCAGCAGCCCGGACAGCAGAAGAACACACACACUCACAGUCACCCUAAAAAGAGGCCCAGGCGUCGCUGUUCGCCCCCACCUCCUCCGCAUGAGUUCAGAGCAUACCAGCUCUACACGCUGUACCGGGGCAAGGAUGGCAAAGUGAUGCAGGCGCCGAUAAAUGGUUGUCGAUGUGAACCCCUAAUCAACAAGCUGGAGAAUCAGCUGGAGGCAACUGUGGAGGAGAUCAAAGCAGAGCUGGUGUCAGUUCAGGAUAAAAUGAACACCAAGCUGGGGCAUAUGGAGAGUAAGACCCAGCACCAGAUGCGAGUCCUGGACAAGCUGAUGGUUGAGCGACUCUCAGCAGAGAGGACGGAGUGCCUGAACCGCCUGCAACAGCACUCAGAUUCUGAAAAGCACGAGGGAGAAAAACGACAGAUGUCCUUGGUGGAUGAAUUAAAAACCUGGUGCAUGUUAAAGAUUCAGAAUCUGGAGUUGAAGCUUUCUGGAGAUUCUAGGGCCUCCAGGACUAAAUCCACACCAUCCACUUGCGAGUCCUCCACAGGUGUGGAUCAGUCAGUGGUGACUGCAGGUGCAGCAGUGGCGUCUGACAGCUCCCCGCAGGUGGUUAGGCCCAAGGAAAAGGCCCCCAGCUCCGCAGCUACCCACAGACCCCAGCAGGAGCUGUCUUCCUCAGACCACACGGGCUCCCGGCUGAGGAACGUCAAGGUGCAGACAGCCUCGCUACCCUUGAAAGAAGCAGCCAAAUGUGAUUCGCAGGCUGGGCCCUGUGUAGACAGAGGCACUCAAACCAAGAAGUCUGGGAAAAGUGGGCAGAUGAGGCACCGAGGCCAGCAGCCAGCACCCAGCGCCGCCUGUGGGCAGCCGCCACCAGCAGCAGGCGGCGAGCAGACUGCCCCUCACAUUCGAGACACCUCCCAAGCGCUAGAGCUCACCCAGUAUUUCUUUGAGGCUGUUUCUACCCAGAUGGAAAAGUGGUAUGAGAGGAAGAUCGAGGAAGCACGAAGCCAAGCCAGUCAGAAAGCCCAGCAAGACAAGGCCACGCUGGAGGAACACAUUAAAAGUUUAGAGGAGGAACUUGCUAAACUAAGGACUAAGGUACAGAAGGAAAACUAGGGCCUGGGAUGUGGCACAGAAAAGGUUCUUGAGGGUUUCCGGUCCUGCAGCUGCAGAAGAGCUCUGCCCAAGGUGUUGAUUACUGCACAGAGCAGACUUGCCUUUGAAAGAGUCACUCAUUUCUAAAACAUGCCAGACACAUGCUUCCUCUGCCCUGAAGUUAUGAAGACUUCAACAAUUAGACUGAAACCAGGGGAUGCUCGCCUAGUGUCAGAUUUCACUACUUGAAACCGCAGCCCAAGUUCAUCUGAAGUUCAAAAGCUCAGAUUAGCAAGCCAUACGAAGAAACUGAAGGAUGUGUAAGCCUAAAUCCUAGUAUUGAGGAUGUGAAAAAUGUAAUUGAAAAGCAAGAAAAAAUAUUAAUCCCCUGUGAACUUGACUCAAGCAGUCAUUCAUAUAUACACACCCACUGUGCCUGGACAGAGUGUCUUUCUGUAAGAGCCCUAACAGACACGCUCAGCUCCCUCCCUCAAGUUCAGAGUUCUCAAAAUGCUGGCAGUUUGACCAGGGAAAAACAUACCAAAUUUUGAGGAGAAGAAUUUUCAUCAUGUCACAAGAUCUAGUAUAUCUUAAAAUAUUUUGAAAAGUCAAGAGUGUAUUUAAAUAAUGAGUUAAUUGGGAGUUCCCAUCGUGGCGCAGUGGUUAACGAAUCCGACUAGGAA